AUGUCGUCGGAUCCUCGGAACCCUAAUCCUCCUCCUCCUCCACCUCCCGGUUCUUCGUCAUCCGCGCUUCCGGCGGGGGGCAGCUAUUUCCCGCUCCCUUUCCACCUGCAGCAGCAGCAGCCGGUGGCGACCUACCAGUACCAGCAGCUGCAGCAAGCUCAGCAGCUCUUCCAGCGGGACGCGCAGACCAUCACCCCCGAGGCGCUCGAGAGCGUCAAGGCCGCCCUCGCCACCAGCGACGUCCUCGACCCCUCUGCUGCCAGGGCCUCCGCCUCCUCCUCCGACGCUGCCGCCAAGAAGAAGACAAUACCUCGUCGUGCAGCCGGACAGUCCUGGGAGGAUCCUACCCUCACCGAGUGGCCCGAAAAUGACUACAGGUUGUUUUGUGGAGAUCUAGGUAACGAAGUUAAUGACGAUGUUCUCUCAAAAGCCUUUUCGCGGUUCCCCUCCUUCAAUAUGGCAAAGGUUGUUAGAGAUAAGAGGACUGGCAAAACAAAAGGUUAUGGAUUCGUCAGUUUUUCAAACCCUACAGACCUUGCUGCAGCAAUAAAAGAAAUGAAUGGAAAGUAUGUUGGGAAUCGCCCUAUUAAAUUGCGUAAGAGCAAUUGGAAGGAGAGGACAGAUGUCGAGGCUCUACAAAGACAAAAGAAUCAUAUUCAGAAGAAACCUAAAACACAAAAGAAGGGUAUUCUUCACAAGUAA